GUCUGCAACCGGAGUGGAGAUGCAGCCACCUCCGCGAAAAGUGAAGCCGGUCCAGGAGGUGAAGCUUCGCUUCCUGGAGCAGCUGAACAUCUUACAGAGCCGGCAGCAGAGAGAGGCCGACCUGCUGGAGGACAUCAGAUCUUACAGUAAACAACGAGCCGCCAUUGAAAGGGAAUAUGGACAGGCAUUACAAAAAUUGGCUGGGCCAUUCCUGAAGAAAGAGGGACAUCGGGGCUUGGAGACUGAUGGCAGAACUGUGUUUAGUGCCUGGAGAUGCCUGCUGGAGGGCACCAUGGCUGGAGGCCAGACCCGGGUUCUCGCCGCUGACCGAUACCGAGACUUGGCAGGGGGCACAGGGCGAAGUGCCAAGGAGCAGCUGCUGAGGAAGGGUGCUGAGCAGUUGCAGCGGGCCCAGGCUGAAGUGCUGGAGUCUGUAAGAGAGCUGAGUCGGAGCCGGAAGCUCUAUGGGCAGCGAGAGAGAGUGUGGAGCCUGGUUCAGGAAAAGGCUGCUGACGUCCAAGCCAGGCUAAAUCGUAGUGACCACGGUUUGUUUCAUACUCGGACCAGCCUUCAGAAACUUAGUCUCAAGCUGUCAACCCAAUCAGCCCAGUACUCCCAGCAAUUGAGUGCUGCCCGGAAUGAAUAUCUGCUUAGUUUGGCAAGCACCAAUGCCCACCUUGGGCAUUAUUACCAAGAAGAGCUGCCUGCCCUGCUCAAGGGCUUGGUUGGGGACCUGUCUGAGCAGCUGGGUGACCCUUUGGCCAUGUUGAGUCGCACUGAACUGGAAGCUGCACAACAGGAGCUGGAACAAGCCCAGCGUGGGGGGCAGGUGAUUGCUCAGGUAAGCUGGCAACAAGAGUUGCUGCACUUUCUCCAAGAGCCUGGAGUAUUCUCCCCCACACCACUACAGCAAUUUCAGCCAAUGGGAGCUGACCAGCCUCUGCCCCUGGAAAGAGAGACCGAGAGACACACAAGAGAUAGAGAGAAGAAAGAAAAAAGAUACAGAGAGGAAAGACAGAGCCAGAAAGAUGGAGAAGAGGGAAUGGAAGAUGAUCAAGCUAGAGGAAGUGGAGGCAUUGUACCCCUCCUAACAAUGCCUGCCCAUGCCCAGGUGUAUGUGCUGGAGCUAGAAGGAGGCUCAGGAGGCACUGCUGGAGAGAGUGGCCUGAAGAAGGAGGCUCAGCACUGGGCCAACAGAGCUGCACGGGAUUACAAAGUUCAGAGUCAUGGACAGAGGGUGCUACAGCGGUUAGAACUAAAAAGGCAGCAGGCUCCAGAACGGGAGCUCUCAGGAGUGGAGCUUCGACUUCAGGAAGUUAAAGAGAGCAUUCGUCGUGCUCAGGUAAGCCAGGUGAAGGGGGCUGCUCGGCUGGCUGUGCUGCAAGGGGCUGGGCUGGAUAUAGAGCAGUGGCUUCGGCCAGCCAUGACUCAGGCCCAGGAAGAGCUGGAGCAGGAGAGGCGGCUCAGUGAGGCCCGACUGUCCCAGAAAGGGGACCUUUCUCCCACGGCAGAGGAUGCAGAACUGUCAGACUUUGAGGACUGUGAGGAGGGGGGGGAGCUGUUUCAAGAGCCAGCACCCCCAACCCUCCCCACUAGGUCCCUCCCUUGUCCAGCACAUGUUGUCUUUGGCUAUAAGGCCGGGCGGGAGGACGAGUUGACCAUCACGGAGGGGGAGUGGCUGGAAGUCGUGGAGGAUGGGGAUGCAGACGAGUGGGUCAAGGCUCGGAACCAGCAUGGUGUGGUGGGCUAUGUCCCAGAGCGGUACCUUGACUUCCCAGACCUUGUUACUCCUCAAGAGGGUCACCACAGUGACAACCCCCUUGGGGAGAAUUCCACAGUGUGCCUGGCCCGUGCCCUGUACAGCUACACAGGGCAGAGUGCUGAGGAGCUGAGCUUUCCAGAGGGGGCACUGAUCAGGCUGCUGCCCCGUGCCCAGGGUGGUGUGGAUGAUGGCUUUUGGAGGGGAGAGUUUGGGGGCCAAGUUGGAGUUUUCCCCUCCCUGUUGGUCGAGGAGUUGUUGGGCCCCCCAGGAUCCCUAGACGCCCCAGUCCAAGAACAGAUGCUCCCAUCCCCAUCCCCGCCAAGCUUCUCUCCUCCAGCUCCCAUCCCUGCUGCUGAUAGGACUGCAGGAGCUCUGUCUGAGGACCACCCACUGGAUUGCCUUGGCCCAGUAGAUCCAUCAGCCCCUCGUCUCCGGCCGCUUCGCCCACCUCCACCUCCACCCACCAAAAUUCUGGAGCCUGAGAGAUUGGAACCCCUCACCUGAGCCCAAGGGGGAGUCUUAGCCUCUUCCUUAGUGAUGCCUCCCAACUGUCAAGUGGCUGCCAUCAGAGAAAGUGUAUGAUGACCUUUCCCCAACCUCAUCUCCCCUCCUGGAAGCCAAGGGUGGGGCAGGGCCCGAGGACACUUAGGCGAUAUGGAUGGGCCAGGUUUACUGUGUUUCAGGUUGCCUUCUUGUGGCUGUGGCCACUUGUGACUUGUCCCACCUCUCAUCUCCCACCUCCCUCCCUCUCCCCUCCCCAGCCCCCAGUAGGUUGAGUGGUUGGGUGGGUGGGGGUGGGGGGUUAGAAAGCGUGGGAACCAGUGUGCAUAUCCGCUGUAAUAGUCUGAGCUGAUUUAUUGACAGUGCAAUAAAGGGGCAAAGAGCCCAAGCCAG